AUGCCAAAGAAGUGUGCCAUUUGGCGUUGUGCCUCACGGAAGCAAACAGUGAGGUCAGCGGUUGGGGAGGAUGAGUGCGAGUCUUUUCUGCGCCUUUUCCCCCGCCCCGUGGAGUACGCCGCGAUUCAGAUUGCGUCGCCCGAGCGGCUCCUCGCGCUGGUGCCGCCGGCGAUGCUGGACGGCAAGGAGGUGCAGGCGGCCUUCCACGUGACGACGCUGUUCGUUGGCCGCGGCGGCUGCAGAGACCCGGUGCUGCUGCAGCGGCUGGUGGAGCUGCGAGGCACGCCCAUCCAACUCACGCUGACGUGCGUCGUGUCGGACGCGAGGGGGACGGCGAUCGCGGUGCGCAACGAGGGGGAGUUCCCCUGCCAAAACGCUCACCCACACAUCACCGUCGCGAACGCGCAGGGCGUCCCGGCCGCGUACAGCAACGAGCUGCUGGACGACGCCCGUGCGGACGACCCGUCCCGCACCGUCGCCCGCCUCCCCGCCGGCACCUGCGUCUGCGGGACAUUCGACUUCGUCUUUCGGUGA